AUGCUAUCCAUCGAAGCCUCCAAGGUCACCCAAGCGCCCGGCGGCUGGAACCCUGUCCCCGUCCACGAUGCGGUCGAGGAGAAGGGAAUUGGCCCUUUCCGCGCCAUGAGUCUCGGAUUUCUCCUGCCACGAAGGGGCGAUGCCGUUGUCUGGCGAGGGCCCAAGAAGACGGCCAUGGUGAGGCAGUUCCUCUCCGACGUCUUGUGGGAUGAGACCGACUACCUGCUCAUCGAUACUCCUCCCGGCACGAGUGACGAGCAUAUCUCUCUCGCAGAGACGCUGAUGAGAGAUGCUCGGCCCGGCCAGGUCGCGGGCGCCGUCGUCGUGACGACCCCUCAGGCAGUGGCUACGGCGGACGUGAAAAAGGAGCUCAACUUCUGCGUCAAGACCGGCCUCAAGGUGCUCGGCGUUGUCGAGAACAUGAGUGGCUUCGUGUGCCCGCACUGUUCCGAGUGCACCAACAUUUUCAGCUCAGGAGGAGGGGCCGUCAUGGCCGAGGAGUUCAAGGUGCCUUUCCUCGGGACGGUGCCUAUCGACCCCCAAUUUGGCGAACUGGUCGAGUCGGGAAGGAGACCGCGGUAUCCUCAGGGGACUCAAGUCAACGGUCAGGAGAUAAGCAUGUCCGGCGAAGAUCAGCCAGGCGGCGACACGCUCGUCGAAAAGUACCAGGACUGCUCGCUGUCGCACAUCUUCAGAGAGAUCACCACCAAGUUGACGACAACAGUUGAGGGCCAAAGCCAGUCAUGA